AUGAAGCCGUCCGCGAUCGCGGAUGCGCUGAAUGAGGAAGUUAUGGCAUCCACGUCACCUCCAGACAGCUGUCACGACAACGCCACAUGGUUCAUGGACAUCGUCGCUGACGAACCAAGCCUGUCGGUUUCCACGAUCGUCAGGCGCACGGGAAUUCCACGCUCGUCGGUCCGGCGGAUUCUGAAGAAGCACGGAUACAAAUCGGUGUCCAAGGUUAGCACGAUCUUAUCUGCUGCUUCUCUCAUCAUUUCUGUUCAGCGCCUUCUGCCCAAACUCGAGGAUGACUUCGUCAAGCGGAUUGUCUUCAGCGACGAGAAGCUCUUCCUGAUCUCACCUCCGAGGAACAGGAACAACGAUCGACUCUGGACUACCCUGAAGAAAUCCGAGCUGAGUCCUAGUGUGCUGCAGUCACCGCGGUCGAACAGCCAGCGCGGCUUGAUGGUGUGGGCUGGCGUCUCAUGGAAUGGGAAGACGGAUCUUCUGUUAGUGGAGCCCGGAUUGAAAAUCAACGCCGACUACUACAUUGCGCAACUCCGAGAUGAGAUUCUGCCGUCGUGCAGUCGGUUGUACCCUCACGGCAACUUUGUGCUUCAACAGGACUGGGCACCGGCGCACGCAGCUCGAAAAACCGUCGAAUUUUUGGAAUCCGUGGAUGUGGAAUAUCUGAAAAAGACGGAGUAUCCGAGUGCCUCUCCCGACCUCAACCCUCUCGACUAUCGGGUGUGGGCAGAGCUGAACAGGACGGUGUACGAUGGCCAAGAAGUUGCAAGUCUCGUCGACCUUCGACAACGAUCGUUUCCGCGUGGACAAAACUUCCGAUUUCAUUCGUACAGAAGGCGAUUGAGGAAUUCCGUGAUAGAGUUCAAUGUGUUGUUGUAUUCCGGGUGGAAAUAUACAGUCUGA